AUUGUAGCUUUCAAUAGGUUCAUCAGUCAUCAUGGAGGGCAAUAUGUUUACGUUUCGAUUCCUCCAUUUCCUUUAGCCUGCUUGUCCGUUAGGAUCAUUUUUCGAGUCAUCGACUGCAGAACUUCGAUCUUGUCAAUGGAAUCAUGUUUUUUUUAAAGCGAUCGAUAUCCAGGCCUUUAGAAAGUUGUUGCAUACGAUUUAAAGGCAGUGGUUUUCAGAUCGAAAACGUGGAAAGAAACACAAUCCCGUCGUUAAGCUUAAUUAACAAAAAUAAAAAGGACUCAAAAGGAGAUGGUAUUGUUUUUGAAGGGCAUCAAAGCCCCCAGCACUGCUCACCGAGCUGGUUUAUGACUGAUACACUCCAGCCGCGUCAGUUAUCCAUCAAUAAAAUAUUGAAAAGUUGUUUUCAUAGAACUGCAGAUUCAAACAAUGGAUCUGAAUCUGAUGCAAAUGCCGGAAACUCAUCAAAAAGUUUUAGAGGAACUGGUGCCAUCGCUGGUACCUGCUUAGGCUUAACAUUAGCAGCCUACUUUUACUCAAAAGAACAUGGAGUGACUCAUCUUCUAGGCAAGCCAGUUUACGCAGACAGUAAAAACAAAAACAAUUUUAUUGCAGAUGUUGUUGAAAAAGCAGGGCCUGCAGUUGUGUUCUUGGAAAUCAAAGGAAGGUAGGAAUUAAUUUAUAUGAACUAAAAUCAGCAGUCAGCAGUAAAUCCAACCUUUAAUCUAUCCCUAAACCUAACCUGGGUGUUGACCCUAACCUGAUUCCAUAAAUCGAACCCUGAACCUAACCUGAACCCUAAAUCUUAAACCUAACCCAAAUCCUAAAACUAGCCCCAAAGCAAUAUUAAAAAAACACGUGGCAUUUACACGUAAUCAGAAAAUGCUCAAUUGUGAAAACAUUCAAAGGAAAAUAAAGGAAAAAAGAAACUAUUUAUAAACUGUAAUCAGGCCAAUGGUAACAUACACAAGGGAAACUUGGAUCCUAACAUAAUGAAAACAUGAACAGCUGAAAAUCUAUUAAACACAUGGGAAAGAAAAGUUCUCCAGAAAAAUAUGGACCAACAAAUGAUGAUAGAUGGAGAAUAUGAACAAACCAAGAAUUUUAUAGUAUAGUAUAUAUCAGGAUCCCACACUAGUAGCAGAAAUUUUAAAAAAAAAGGGUAGUCUAUGCUGGGCAGGACACUUAGAAAGAAUGCCAAAUGACAGAGGAGUGAGGAUGGUUCACCACCAAAACCCGGAGGAAAACGACUCAAAGGCAUAUCUAGGCUUAGAUGGAUGGAUGAUGUGGAAAAAGAUCUUCAGCAGCUGGGAAACCAAGCAUGGAAAAGAGAAGCAUUAGAUACACCUGAGUGGAAGGAAGUGGUGAGACAAGCCAAAGCCCUACAUGGGCUGUAUUGCCACAGGGAUGGAUGGAUGGAAAAAAUGCAGAUCAUUCAUGACUAUUGUAUUUGUACCAAAAUGUUAGAAAGAGUGUUCACAUUAAUAUUUAAUAAUAGGUCUACUUUUGAAUUUGAAUGUAGGUUUGCACCAAUUAAUUAAUUAAUAUUAGGCUUGUUCGGCAAAUUAAUUGGUCUCAAAUACACAAAUUUAAAGAUAUGUUUUUAUGUGGUUGCUUUUUUCAUGAUAGUAACCAAGUAUUUUUUAUUAGAAAUACAUGUACCAGUAAUAAAGCCAGGAGCGAGGCAGUCACAGUUUCCCCUAUGCCAGAGGUCGGCAACAUUUUUUUAAACCUCUCCACUUAACCCCACCCACUCCUUUCUAGGGAUCCAGGGGAAAUCUGCUUUUUUGUUUAGAUUGAAGUUUCUAGGAUGUCUAAAAUUGCUUCAUUAGGUCAUGCCUGUUAUUCAUUCUUUACAUCAAAUGUAUAUAUUUAUUGGCCAAUGCUGUUUUAUUAGAUUUAAGCAAGGGAUGAGAUAUAAGGCUUUUGGUUAAUCUAUUUUUUACCAAAAUUAUUUCAGCUGAUUGUUUUUUAAGUUUAUUUCUUUGUAUGUUAAUCUUGAUAAAAACUAAUUUUGAUCUGACAAAAGCAUAGACAAAUGGGAGGUGGGGCAGAUAAGAUAACUUCAAUGUUUAUUCCGAUGUUAUUUUUUUAAAUAUAGGGAAUCAUCCAUGAAUUUUGAAAAAAAGCUUUCUCUCUUUUCUAAAAGUUUUUUUUUUUUUUUUAAAACAGGAACAUUCUUUUACAAUGAUAUUUAUUACAGGCAUCCUAUAACUGUUCGUCCAUUGACAUUUUCUAAUGGGUCUGGUAUAUAGGGAAUCAUCCAUGAAUUUUGAAAAAAAGCUUUCUCUCUUUUCUAAAAGUUUUUUUUUUUUUUUUAAAACAGGAACAUUCUUUUACAAUGAUAUUUAUUACAGGCAUCCUAUAACUGGUCGUCCAGUGACAUUGUCUAAUGGGUCUGGCUUUAUAGUUCGAAGCAAUGGAAUCAUACUAACCAAUGCACAUGUUGUUGCAAAUAAAUCUACUGUAAGUGUAAAACUGCAAGAUGGUCGGGUAAUGGAAGGUCAAGUAACAGCUGUGGAUCCAAUUUCAGACCUGGCAACUGUGAAAAUUGCAGCGGUAAAAUAUGACAUUUUACUAUUUUUUUUAUUUUUUAAAUUCAUUUAUUUUGGUCAUAUAAUUUUUUGUUAAAAAAUUUUAAGAAAUUAUUUCAAAACCAAUUAAAACUGUCAUCAUGUUCUUAUUUAGUUCUAUUAUACCAAUUGUCAAUCAAAUAAUUUGAAAUUAAAUUAAUCCAGCAUAACUCAUCACAAUUCUACCUCAACUUAUUUCACAUAAAAACUAUGUAACCUUUCACUUUCAGCUCGAAGAAAAACCUGUAAUAAAGUUUUGGGCAAGGUUAUUAACAUCAGCUAAUUGCACCUAUUGUCAUGUGAUACUUAAAUGCAUCCAUGCUGCAAGAUUUAAAACUUAAUAUAGCAAGCCAUUUUGUGCUAAGAUGCCAUAUUAGCAUUAAUAACCAGGUUUUUUUAAAUUUUUAUUUCAGACAAAUUUACCUAUUAUACCUUUGGGUACAUCAUCAACAAUUCGUCCUGGGGAAUGGGUAAUAGCCAUGGGAAGUCCCUUAUCUCUGAGUAACACUGUGACCUGUGGAAUUGUAAGCAGUGUACAACGAGCAAGCAGAGAAUUGGGACUUCGUAAUAAAGAUAUGGAUUAUAUACAAACUGAUGCUGUCAUCAAUGUAAGCCUAAUGUGAAGUACAUUAAAGUUAUAUCCAAUCUGGGUAAUAUAUUCUUGGAAAUUAUAUGUUCAUGAUUUUACUAACUAAUAGAAUAUUAUUCGAAAUAUUGAACAUUAAUAUAUUAUCCUAAUUUUAUAUCUCUUAUUCAUGCAUAUGAUAAUGAUUUUGAGAUAUUUAAUGACAAUUUAUUAAAAAGAAAAUGUAAAAAUAAUGGACAUACUAUACUACGUGCAAUUUAAAAAAUAAUAGGCAUAAACUUAUACUAUAAUGAUGUAAUUUAUUAAAAAAAAGAUUUUCACUUAACACUAAACAUGGCACCUGGAUGCGUAAUGUAUUUUUAAUAAAAGGUACUCACUAAUACUACUAAUACUAACUUUGCCUAUCUAAGCGUAACACACGGUGGAUUGGUCAUGUCAGGUGAAGUUCUGGUUGUGGAGGGGAAUAUUUUUUUCAGGGGAAAAGGUCAUUUCCAAAAAUUGGUGACUGCUGGUUAAGAUGAAAUCAUGGUCUGUGAUGUCCCGGCAGUCUUGUAUUCUGCUAUAGAUUACCAACUAUUUACCAAUUAUUUUGUAUAAGUCAGAUGGCAUCAUUGUUAAAAAUUCAAUUAUAAUAAUGGGUAACUGUUUAUAGUGCAUUAGCAUGUAGUUCAAGCUUCGCCAACUAAAAUUUCAAUAGAAUCAAUGCACACAGAUAUACAGUUUAACCAAUGGUACCCCAAGGCCACAAGCCCUGAAAUAUCUCUCAAAUCUUGAAAAAUCUCAGUCUGUUCAUCAUGAAAUGUCGUUUGAAUGAAAAUUAAGUUUAUAAAUAAAGCUGGUUGAAUUAACAAAUCUAAUGUCUGGGAGAAAAUAUAGUCAUUAGUAUUGUUUUUUUUAAAUUUAGGACUUGUUCGAUAUUUUGGAUUAUUUGUUUAUUCCUGUUUCCUGUUGUGGCUAACAUAAUCGUAUGAUAAAUUUAUUUUUGUUUCAUUUGUUGUCAUUUAUUAAAUAAAUAAAAACGUUUUUUUUCUGAAAAAUAAUUUAUUGUUCAUUUAAAAUUUAACUUUCUUGUUAACAUUCAAAAUCUUGUUGCAGAGGUUGGUGCAUGUGUGAUUGUAUCUCGGACAGUGACUGUGUUGCGAGUAUGUCAGUUAUGCUACAUAAUAUAUAUCUAUAGGUUUUUUUUUGCGCUUUCUUAGUGGGCGAUAAGUAACUGCUACAAGGGAAUCAAGUGUUCUUAUCAAACUUAUGGUAUCAAGGUGUAAUGAGUUACUUUGUCAGUAAAAUAUGUCAAUGUUCUGUACAGUUUGGAAGGCAUGUAAAAAAAAAUUGAUUUCUAGAACAAAUAACUGAUUUGCAAAAAGAAAGAAAAGAAUAGCACCAUUCUGAUUCAGUAAAAGUAAAAUAAACUAAAAGAAGACAGUUGAAGUGCCUGAAAAGUGUGCAAAGAACCAAUAGUCAAUCAGAAUUAAGUGAAUAUUCACGAAAUAUGCAUGACUAAUUUUAGUACAAAUGCAUCAAUUUUUUAAAAAUUUAAAAGGACUAAAUUAAUGUUUUGAAUACCUUUAUUUCCAGUUUGGAAACUCAGGUGGUCCUCUGGUGAACUUGGUAUGUUUUUUUAAAACGUUUGUAUCAAAUCUAGUUUUGUUACUUGUAUUUGAAUGAUCUAUUUAGUCAAGUUUGUGAAAUUUUUUGAAAGUUGGACCAACUUGAAAAUAGAUAAUUAAGAAUCAAGUAGAAAUAGGUCUAGUAUUUAAUUGUUUCAUUUGUAUGGUAGGAUGGCCAAGCUAUUGGAAUCAACACUAUGAAGGUAACCACUGGCAUAUCUUUUGCUAUACCUUCUGAUUAUGCUAUUAAGUUCCUGACUAAAGCUGAAGAACUAAUGAAAAAUGGUAAGAGGCAAAUAAUUUAUGUUUGCUUUACAGCUGUUCCACAUUUUAUUUAACUAUUAGUAUUAGUGAAUAGAAAAAGAAACCAUUAAACUAUCAGUGUCAGUACUUAUUUUAAAUAACAUUUUUCUAACAAAUCCUCAAAUCAUCUCUUUAGUUUAAGAGACACACACGUACAGAAAGUAAUUAACUUUGUCUGGUAGAUGUGUUGCAUUUUGCUCUUCACUAGUCGCUGUUUUGUUUGUUGCCUUGUGAUCCAAUUUUAUUUUAUUAAUCCACAGAAUAGCAUAAACCAACUUAAACUUGCCAGGCCACCCAAUCUAAUAUGAUAAAAAAGAAUGUCAUGUUUUAAAUAGUUAUUUUUAUUUUUACCAUAAAAUUACUUUUGAUUUUGAUUAAUUUGGAAACAGCCAGCAACAAUAUUGAUUAAUAUUAAUUAGUUUUUUUUAAGUUAUAAAAUAAAUAAUUUAACAUAAAUAAUUUCAAUUUUACUUUUGAAUUAUUGCCAGGACGAAGAGAAAAUGGUUUCCUGAAAAGACGUUACAUGGGAAUAACAAUGUUGACACUUACGGAAAACGUUAUGCGUGAUUUAAAAAAUAACAUCAAACUGCCGAAUUUUCCUGAUGUUGAUGGAGGUGUGUUUGUCUACAAAGUCAUUCCAGGAUCACCAGCAAAUAUGUAUGUUUAUUAUUAUAUGUAUUAUCAUUAAAUAAUUAUUUUAUUAACACUACUAACACAUCCAUCUGCAUCAUACUGAAAUAAUUAUUUGUGCAUAAACAGUUAAAAUUCAAAACUGAUCCUCUUAGUCUUAGACAAACCCUAAGGGUCUUAAAGUUAAAUAUUUAGAUUUGGGCUUUUUAAAAAAAAUUUUUUUUUUUUACAAGGUCUUAAUAUAGCAUACCCUUAAGAAAGAAAGGAAUUUCAUUUUUUUUUUAUUGUGUGGGUAUGUGUGUGUUUUAGUUAUCGUAAAACUUAAGUGUAGAUACAAGUUUAGGGCUACUGUUUAUGCAUUGUGAUUGAUUAUUGCUUUACUAAUAGAAAAUAAUAGGUCAUCCAAUGUUAGAAGCAAUGUUUUCUUAAAAUAUCAAAUAAAGGAAUCUGAUGAACUAACCUUGCAAUUUUAUAUUAUAUAUAGAGCUAAGUGAGUUGAAAUGUCCAAAAUAUUCCCUCAAUUUAUUUCUUAAUCAAUCAAUUUAUCCAUUUAAUUUUUAAUUAUUCUAAAAAUUGAAUGUUGGUUUUAAUUUAACAGUGGUGGAAUCCUAGCAGGAGACAUAAUCAUUGAUAUAAAUGGAUCGGCUAUUAAAUCAGCUGCUGAUGUCUAUGAUGCUGUGGAAAAGUCAGAUUUCCUAACGGUGACUUUAAUUCGAGGCAGUGAAAAGAAAAUGAUUCCCAUCAAUACUAAACAAACUAUUUAGGAUGAGGAUGUGCCAGUAUGUUACUACAUCAAGCAGUGAACUUAAAAUUAAGCUCAUAUUUUAGAAUACCUUUUUGGGGUCUAGUAAAAACAAUAAGCAUCGUAAGAAAACUUUCUGAUGUAGAACCCAGCAUUGUGUAAACCGAAUCAAUUUCAUCAGCAUGAAGAAAGGAACAAUAUUUGUUGCUAAUUUUUGAAUAAUAGUUAUACAGUCUCUCAAAUCAACUGACAUUUGAAAUUUUGAUCCACUUGACUACACUGUUAGGUACAAAGCUUAAUGAAGGACAUUAUUGUUGUAUUAUAUUGUUUUUUAACCAUGGAGAAAAUAAAUAAAUCAGAAAUUGUAAUUGUCUUUGCAGUUUUUAUAUAUUGUGUUCAUUUUAAAAAAAGUCGAUAACAUUUUUUUAGUACAAACCUAUCAUCAGAAGACACCUGCGACAUGCCAGAUGAAGCCAUGUAUUUUGGGCACCCUGACAGGGAAGUUUUAUUAAAAUUGAUAAUCCUGGAGAC